AUGCAAGAAGUGACUUUGAACAAUUGUGACAAAGCCAUGCCAGUAAUUGGCAUGGGAACUGCUUCUUCAUUUCCGCCGGCGGUGUCGACGGAGACAGUGAAAUCUACCCUAUUGGAAGCCAUUAAAGCCGGCUACCGCCACUUCGACACGGCAUUUAUUUAUCCAUCGGAAAAGCAUCUAGGAGAAGCCAUUGUUGAGGCUCUUCAUCUUGGUAUCAUCAAGUCGAGGGAUGAGCUUUUCAUCACUACUAAGUUAUGGUCUACUUUUGCUGAACGGGAUCAAGUUGUUCCUGCUUGUAAACUCAGUCUUCAAAAUUUGCAAUUGGAAUAUGUGGAUAUGUAUCUAAUUCACAUGCCACUGAGACUAAGUGAAACGAUACAAAAACUCCCAGUUCCAAAAGAAAUAAUUCAUCCAUUGGAUAUCAAGGGUGUAUGGGAAGGAAUGGAAGAAUGCAAAAGUCUUGGCCUCACAAAGGGAAUUGGUGUUAGUAAUUUCUCUUGCAAAAAGCUUGAGAAACUCCUUUCCAUUGCUAAAAUUCCUCCUGCUAUCAAUCAAGUGGAGAUGAACCCAAUGUGGCAACAAAAGCAACUGAGGGAAUUUUGCAAGGCAAAGGGAAUACAAAUCACUGCUUAUUCUCCCUUGGGUUCCAAUAAUACAUUCUGGGGUGAUAACAGAGUUGUGAAAUGUGAUGUUCUAACUGAAAUUGCCAAAUUCAAAGGAAAAACCACUGCUCAGGUAGCAUUGAGGUGGGUUUAUGAGCAAGGGGUGAGUCUUGUUACAAAGAGUUUCAACAACGAGAGAAUGAAAGAGAAUCUUCAAAUAUUUGAUUGGUCACUUUCUGAAGAAGAGUUGAAGAAAAUAAGUGAGCUUCCACAGCGUAGAGGUUUUAGCAUGGCCUCUCUGUAUGGACCUCAUGAUAUUUUCCUGCAAUUAGAUGCAGAGAUCUAA